AUGUAUUUGAAAGCAGUACAAUUUGAGAAUAGCACUGUUUUUAGGGACACUGUAGUGAAAACGUUUUCUUCUAUUGAGCGUGAGGACUUCGCUAACUACCGACCAAUAAGUCUUCUCUCGGUGAUUUACAAAACAUUCACGAAAAUACUGCUUAAUCGCAUGGAAAGAACUUUGGAUGAAUACCAGCCAGUGGAGCAAACUGGAUUCAGAAAGAACUUUUCAUGCAUGGACAACAUACAAGCAGUCACCCAGCUCAUCGAGAGAAAGGCAUUCGACUCAGUGGAGAUCAACGCUGUCCUGAAUGCCCUCACGCAGGCUGGAGUUCUCCCUGCAUAUAUCCAUUUACUCGAGCAGUGUUUUUCGAACACAUCAACAACUAUACAGCUGUUCGACCAGAUGAUCAACGAACUCAAUGUGGAGGGUCUGAAGAUUGGAUUGGAAAUGAAUAUGUCCAAAACGCAAAUGAUGGUGAACCAGUGGAGUGAUAUGGGAGAAGUAAAAUUGGCAGGAAUAGCUCUACAAAGAGUGGAAUCCUACGUAUAUCUGGGAAAAGAGCUGAACAUGACAAACAACAUCGUUUCUGAAAUACACCGCAGAAAACGAGCAGCAUGGACAGCUUUCGGAUCGAUUCGCGAAGUAACAGAUCAAGUAAAUGACCCGGAGUUGAAAGCCUGCAUAUUCAACACUUCAGUAUUGCCAGCAAUGUACUUCGCGACCAGAAUCAACGCUGUCCUGAAUGCCCUCACGCAGGCUGGAGUUCUCCCUGCAUAUAUCCAUUUACUCGAGCAGUGUUUUUCGAACACAUCAACAACUAUACAGCUGUUCGACCGUAAGUUGAAGAUCCCAAUCGAAAAAGGA